UCAGAGAGAGCUAGCGAGCGAGACACAUCUCCAUAUAUAUAUAUACACAUUCGCUCGAGGUAGGUAUGGUGAUGGUGACGGCGGCAGCGGCGAGGAGGCGGCCGAGCCUGGGGCGGCAGAAGAUCGAGAUCCGGCGCAUCGAGAGCGAGGAGGCACGGCAGGUGUGCUUCUCCAAGCGCCGUGCGGGCUUCUUCAAGAAGGCCAGCGAGCUGUCCAUCCUGUGCAGCGCCGACGUGGCGGCCGUCGUCUUCUCCCCCGCCGGCAAGGCCUACUCCUUCGGCCACCCGUCGGUGGAGUUCCUCCUGGACCGCUUCCUCUCGUCGUCGUUGCCCGCGACGGCCGGGAAGGAGGAGGGGUCGUCGGUCUCGGUGGUGGCGGAGCUCAACAGGCAGUACGGCGAGCUGCGCGCGAUGGUGGACGCCCACAAGGCGCGCCGGGAGAGGGCGGAGAAGACGAUGGAGAAGCAGCGGCAGCGGCAGCCCGCGGCGUGGAUGGAUCCGGAGGCGGAGGUGGGUCGCAUGGCGCCGGAGGAGCUGAUGGCCUUAGGGACGAAGCUGGUGGCCGUGCAAGGUGGCGUGGCGGCGCGCGCGGACCAGAUGCUGCGUGACGCGCUGCUUCUUGGCCGGAGGCCGAACACCACCACCACCACCACCACCAGGGCGCCGCCCGGCUUCUUCCACCUGCACCCGCACUUCUGAAACCGAUCCAGAUCGAUCAUCUCCAUGCACCACACCAUUGAUCGUAGCAUCUCCGAUUAUACCUUUAUUUAAUAUAUUUAGUAUAAGUUCAUGCAUCCAUGCAUGCAUAUAUAAUGCAUUGAUCGUACCAUCGUUGUAUCCUAGUUUAAAGUUGUUUAAUUUUGCUUCCAUCGCAUUCGCAUC